AUGAAUGCCAGCUGUCAGGUGUCCUGGCACUCCGAACAAAACGUGUUCGAGCUCCUGGAGUUCCUAACAUAUUUACCGUUGGCCAUUAUCCAGGCGGCAUCAUAUAUGAACGUGACGACAGUGUCGGUAUCCGAAUACACCCGUCUCUUGAAAAAUACACCAGGCGAUAUGAUAAAACUGUUGGAGACAGAGUGGGAAGACAACAACAGGGACCCCAAACAGACGCAUGCCAUAGUCAGCACUUGGGUGGUGUCCUUUGAACAGAUUCGGAAAAGCCCGGGUGCUGCCAAGCUACUCAGCUUCAUAGCACAUAUUGAGUUCAAGGCAAUACCAUCGUCGAUGUUACCAUUAAUCGGGUUGGAGUCGGAGCAGAGCAUGGCACUCGGAGUUCUCUGUGGAUAUUCAUUUUUAACCGAACAGGGAAAUGGUACCACGUAUUACAUGCAUCGGUUGGUGCAUUUUGCUUUACAGAUCUGGGUGAAAAGGCAAGUCAACGCCAGAGAGCAAAGACAGGAUGUGCUAAUUCACCUUGAACGGACUUUUUCGACAGACAAAUGGGAAGAGCGUGAAAAAUGGCGGCAAAGUUUGCCCCAUGUGCUUAAAGCAGUCCAAAACGACGGAAAAAAUAAAAACAGCUGGCAAGAAGAAAGUAAUUUAGGUUACUGGGCAGCAAGAUGCUUAAUGGCUGACGGUAAGAUAAAAAAGGCCGUCAAACUAGCGCCGAGCCACGAAUUUACGACCUUUUGGCCGACUUCGCUGCCCCAGUCUGCACAAAGCGUCAUCAUUACCACCGCCAGCAGUCAUGAUUAA